AUGACGACUGUCUUUUCUAUUGCUUUACUGUUAAUUUUUCAUUGGUCUGAAAUCUUAAAAUCAAUGCCUAGAUCUCUUUUUGGAGAAGGUAUCAUGCCAGUGUAUCAUAACAUGUUUGCACUCAUGAGUGAAACAGAGAGAAUGUGGUAUCCCCCAAAUCACAUUUUCCAUGUAGAUGAAGCAACCAGACUCAUCCUAAUUUACCGGAUAAGGUUUUAUUUUCCCCACUGGCAUUGCAAUGGUACCAGCAGAGCGUAUCGGUAUGGCAUUAUUCGAGGUGCAGAAAGCCCUGUUCUUGAUGAUCUUGUCAUGUCUUACCUAUUUGCACAGUGGCGAGAUGAUUUUUUGGAUGGAUGGAUACAGAUGCCUGUUACUCAUGAAACACAAGAAGAAUGCCUUGGAAUGGCUGUUCUGGAUAUGAUGAGAGUGGCCAAAGAAAAGGACCAAACCCCACUGGCUAUUUACAAUUCAGUCAGCUACAAAAUGUUUUUGCCUAAAUGUGUGCGAGCAAAAAUCCAAGACUACCACAUUUUGACGAGAAAAAGAAUAAGGUACAGGUUCCGCAAAUUUAUACAACAGUUUGGCCAAUGCAAAGCUACUGCCAGAAACUUGAAACUUAAGUAUCUUAUAAAUCUGGAAACCCUUCAGUCUGCCUUCUAUUCAGAGGUUUUUGAAGUAAAAGAGCCUGGUGGAGAUCCUUCUGGACAGGAGAGUUUUGCAACCGUUGUAAUAACUGGAAAUGGUGGAAUUCAGUGCUCAAGAGGAAAACUUAAAGACUGUGAGACACUGGCAGAGCAGGAUUUACAAACAUACUGUGAUUUUCCUGAUAUCAUUGAUGUCAGCAUUAAACAAGCAAGCCAAGAAGGCUCCAGUGAGAGAAGAAUUGUCACAAUUCACAAACAAGACAGCAAGAAUCUGGAGGCUGAAUUUCAGUCAUUAAGAGAAGCUCUCUCCUUUGUAUCAUUAAUUGAUGGAUAUUACAGAUUAACUGCGGAUGCACACCAUUAUCUCUGUAAAGAAGUAGCACCACCAUCAGUCCUUGAAAAUAUCCAAAGCAACUGCCAUGGACCAAUUUUCAUGGACUUUGCUAUCAGUAAACUGAAGAAAGCGGGUAAUCAGACUGGUUUCUACGUUCUUCGUUGCAGUCCUAAAGAUUUCAAAAAAUACUUCCUCACCUUUGCUAUAGAGCGUGAGAAUACCACUGAUUAUAAGCACUGCUUAAUUACGAAGAAUGAGAAUGGAGAAUAUAAUCUUAGUGGAACAAAGAGAAGUUUUGGUAAUCUUAAGGAUCUGUUGACCUGUUACCAGACAGAAACUGUCCGUUCAGACAGCAUAAUUUUCCAGUUCAUCAAAUGCUGUCCUCCAAAACCAAAAGAUAAAUCAAAUCUCCUGGUCUUCAGAAGCAAUAGUGUUUCUGAUGUGCCUUCAUCACCUACACUACAGAGACACAACAAUGUCAACCAGAUGGUCUUUCACAAAAUCCGGAAUGAGGACUUGAUCUUUGAGGAGAGUCUUGGACAGGGCACGUUUACUAAGAUCUUCAAAGGUGUAAGGAAAGAAGUGGGAGACUAUGGCCAGCUCCAUCAAACUGAAGUUCUUUUAAAGGUGCUGGAUAAAGUGCAUAGAAACUACUCUGAGUCCUUCUUUGAGGCAGCAAGUAUGAUGAGCCAGCUUUCUUACAAACAUUUGGUGUUAAAUUAUGGAGUCUGCGUAUGUGGAGAGGAGAACAUCCUUGUACAAGAAUAUGUAAAAUUUGGAUCCUUGGACACAUAUUUGAAAAAGAACAAAAACGUUAUCAAUAUCUUGUGGAAGCUGGAAGUAGCCAAACAGUUGGCAUUAGCCAUGCAUUUUCUCGAGGAUAAAGGCCUUGUUCAUGGAAAUGUCUGUGCAAAAAACAUCUUGCUUAUCAGAGAGGAAGACAGGAAGUCUGGAAACCUUCCAUUUAUAAAACUAAGUGAUCCUGGCAUCAGUAUUACAGUUUUGCCAAGAGACAUUCUUCUUGAACGAAUACCAUGGGUUCCACCUGAAUGUAUUGAGAAUCCCAAACAAUUAAGCCUGACGACAGACAAAUGGAGUUUUGGUACUACUCUGUGGGAAAUCUGCAGUGGAGGAGACAAACCUCUGAGUGCCCUGGAUUCUUCAAGAAAACUACAGUUUUAUGAAGAUAGGCACCAGCUUCCUGCCCCCAACUGGACGGAGCUAGCAAACCUUAUAAACAACUGCAUGGAUUACGAGCCAGAUUUCAGACCUUCGUUUAGAGCAAUUAUACGUGACUUGAAUAGUUUAUUCACUCCAGAUUAUGAGCUGUUGACAGAAAGUGACAUGUUACCAAAUAUGAGAAUUGGAGCACUUGGAUUUUCCGGCGCUUUUGAGGAUCGGGACCCAACACAAUUUGAAGAAAGACAUCUUAAGUUUUUACAGCAGCUUGGCAAGGGAAAUUUUGGCAGUGUUGAAAUGUGUCGAUAUGACCCACUGCAGGAUAAUACUGGAGAAGUGGUGGCUGUUAAAAAGCUGCAACACAGCACAGAAGAGCACCUUAGGGAUUUUGAAAGAGAAAUUGAAAUACUUAAAUCUCUGCAGCAUGAUAACAUUGUUAAAUACAAAGGAGUGUGCUACAGUGCAGGUCGUAGGAAUCUAAGAUUAAUUAUGGAAUAUUUACCAUAUGGAAGUUUACGAGAUUAUCUGCAGAAACACAAGGAGAGGCUGGACCACAAGAAGCUUUUGCUGUAUGCGUCUCAGAUAUGCAAGGGCAUGGAGUAUCUGGGUACAAAAAGGUAUGUUCACCGGGAUUUAGCAACAAGAAAUAUCUUGGUGGAGAAUGAGAACAGAGUUAAAAUUGGAGAUUUUGGAUUGACAAAAGUCUUGCCACAAGACAAAGAAUACUACAAAGUAAAAGAACCUGGUGAAAGCCCUAUAUUUUGGUACGCUCCAGAAUCUCUGACAGAAAGCAAAUUUUCUGUGGCCUCAGAUGUGUGGAGUUUUGGUGUGGUCUUGUAUGAACUCUUCACGUAUAUUGACAAGAGCAAAAGCCCACCAGCUGAAUUCAUGCGCAUGAUUGGCAAUGAUAAACAAGGGCAGAUGAUUGUGUUUCAUUUGAUAGAGCUUUUGAAGAAUAAUGGACGACUACCAAGACCAGAUGGAUGCCCUGAUGAGAUUUAUGCUAUCAUGAAAGAAUGCUGGAACAAUAAUGUUACCCAGCGCCCCACCUUUAGGGAUCUUGCUCAGCGAGUGGAUCAUAUAAGGGACAACAUGGGUGGAUGAGAAAACUGUCCUUUCUUCAGAGGAUGUGUUGGAAUGUAGAACAGAAUGUACUUGGUCUGCUGUGUAUAAUUGACAUAUGUACACGUGUGCAUCUUACUUUUGCUGGAAGUAAAAUCUGUGUGGCAAAUGUCCUAUCUCAAUCUGGAUACUAAGGAAUCCUGCUGGGAUUCUUUAUCAGG